CCCUUUCUUUAACCCCCCACUCUAACUUAACAAACAUGUCUGCUACUGACGGAAACGCUACUGCCGGAGCCAAGCUCUUCAAGACCCGUUGUGCCCAGUGCCACACCGUUGAGGCUGGCGGUGCCAACAAGGUCGGUCCCAACCUUCACGGUAUCUUUGGCCGUAAGUCUGGUCAGGUUGAAGGUUUCUCUUACACCGAUGCCAACAAGAACAAGGGUGUCGAAUGGAGCGACCAGACCCUCUUUGACUAUCUUGAGAACCCCAAGAAGUACAUUCCUGGUACCAAGAUGGCCUUCGCUGGUUUCAAGAAGCCCAAGGAUCGUGCUGAUGUCGUUGCUUACUUGAGAGAGUCCACUGCUUAAGCGUUUCUCUGCUUGCUCUUCUCUUAUCUCUCGCUCUCUCUCUCUCUUUUUGUACUUUGUACUUUCUGCAUGUCCAAUUAGUCUUAAUCUCUUUCUUAUACAGUCCACUAUAGAAAAUAGUUCCUUAUAUUAAAAUAACCAUUUUUGGUAGACCCUUGUCUGUUUAUUGGGAAAUGUUUGUAUUGUAUUGUAUUGGGUGUAAACAAGUUAAUUCUGGAUACUCUUUAAUUUUUUAUUUUU